UGAAGGCCACCGCCGCUGUGCCCACCGCUGUUUCUGCCGAAGAUGAUGGUGAUGAUGCCAUUACGUCCAUGCGCAACACAAGCGGCGCGUUAGUGGAAAUGGAAGAGUGUUUUGGGGCUGAAAGUCAUCAAAGUGCGGGGCAGCUGGAGGCAUAUCAGCCUGCACCGGAGAUCAACUCCACACGAGACGUCGUGGAGCGAGAAAAUAAGUCCACGGCGGAUUUAACAUGGCCGGAGUACAUCCGCGUACAGAUCCCGUACCUUUUGUCCGAGCAGAUUAUUGCCAGCUUUUUAGGGUUGCUGGUUGCUCUUGUCCCCCCUUUCUAUCUUCUGGCGAAGAACCCUGUGGGGGAGGUGUUAAUGGGUGGGAUUUCUUUUUUGGCUCCAGGUGCCGUCCCGCUGCAACUUUUGGUACUCGGCGUCAACGUCACGGCAGACGAUGAAGACGACUCCAAAAAACUUCCCAUUCGUUUUCUGGCAGUUGUCAUUCUUCUUCGUCUUUUUUUCAUUCCUGCUAUUUGUUUCUGCAUUAUCCACUUUCUCGUGGUGAAUGCCCUUAUGCCCUACGAUAAGCCGUUUAUAUUAGUGAUGCUGAUACUAACAUCCGCACCGACAGCGAUAAACACGUCUAGUAUAUGUUCUAUUUAUUCUUACAAAGUCAAAGAGUAUACAAAAGUGCUUCUCUUCAUGUAUAUGGCAUGCAUUUUCACGACAACUGUAUGGCUUACAGUAUAUGUUUGGUAUCUGGAUUCCUAA